UGAUGGUCAGCACUCAGCACUGGCAGCAGCCCAGCAGGUCCCAUCCUCCUUUCCCCCCGAACCAGCAAAGCAACCCAAUCUUGUAACAUCAGCAUCUCACGAAAUCGAGCCUCCCCUCCGAUCCAUUCCCCUCCCAGCUUCGACGCCAUGUCUGAAUUCGAGGAGCACAGCAACGGUGGCGGCGGCGGGGGGCACCUCCACGGGUACGAGUGGAAGCUGCCGGCGACGCUGUCGGCGAACACGACGAGCGUGCACGUGACGGCGCUGGACGGGGUGGUGAACGUGAACUCGCUCUUCACGGUGGCCGUCUUCGUGGGGCUCUCCCUGGCCACCCCCGGCGAGCUCCGCAGCCUCGCCGGCGACCCGUCCUGCGACGCCGGGCCGGGGGUGGCGCGGUCGCUGCUGGUGCUGGAGGUGGUGGCCUUCUCCUCCUUCCUCUUCUCCAGCCUCGUCGCGCAGGGGCUCAAGCUGGCGCUCAACCUCAUCAACUCCAAGGACCCCCACGACACGCUCCACGCCCACAUCGACGCCCGCCUGCUCCGCCUCGGCAUGCUCGCCUCCGCCGUCGGCUCCGUCGUCGGGUGCGUCUUCCUCGUCGUGUCCAUGGUAAUGGUCGUCCAGAUCCGCCUCGGCACGCUCGGCUGCGCCACCAACCGCGCCGCCGCCAAGGCCGCCGCCGGCCUCGUCGGCCUCGUCUCCACCGCGCUCGCCGUCUACGUCGGCACCGUUUUCUACACCUUCACCCACUGAUGAACUAACCCCGGUGAGUUCCAUGGAUCUUUUCUUGGCAUUGCAUCUGUACAAUCUGCAUCGCUAGCUGCUGUGUAUCUGAGUGAGUAUUUAUGUCCUUGGAAAUGUUGCUGGGAUGAGGAAAUCAAAGACCUUGAUGAUGAUAUAUAGUGUUUUUUUGGCUUUAAUCUGUAAUAUUGUUAGUGAAUUUCAUCGUUUUGAAUUCCUUGGCCUUGAACUGGAUUUUGUUGUUCAAGAAAAAGGAACUGGAUAAUAGUAAUACAACUAUGUUGCAAGAUGAGCUAGUUUCUUGAGAUGAAUCUGCAGUAGCGUUAACGAUUUUCAUUAGCUCAUCCUGAUUUUCAUGAAAUUGAACUUUAUUCA